AAGGAGAAUUCAGACCUGUAGGGUCGUUCAUCACCUGUCUUGUGUCCUUGUAUUUUAUUUUUUGUUGAAAUGGUUGCAAACAGUAAGUCUUAUCGAGCAAAUGAAGUGUUCUCUAUCCGAUUCUUAUUCUCUAUUUCUUUGAAAUACGAGCUCCCCUCCCAGCCGCUCUUGCCGGAAAUCACUCAUCUUGUCCUGUCUUUCUUUAUCAGUCUCCAAGAUCCCUUCUCUCUUUCUAGAUCUCUUCAACUUCAAGCUCUUGCUUGGUUCAUCAGCAGCUUCUUGUUUCUGCCAGGUCAAUGAACACAGCUGCUCAUCCAAUGUUUUUCAACAUACCUGUCUCUCAUACUAUCCAUCAUAAUACUAUAUGUACCUAGUAUCUUACUGUAUUCGUCAAUCUUAACAUCUUCCAAUGAGCCUACUAGUAUCUCAGCACUCCUGCUCGCCCGGCUCAAAUGCCUAUUUGUGCUUCCCGAAUCCUACUUUGUGCACUCCAGGCAACCCAGGGUGCAACAACGGGCACUAUCAACAAAAGAAGGCAAAGACACCAAAACAAGCGGACCCAGGCACCGAAAAUGGAGCAGAGUGCCAUGGCGAGAUUGGAUUUGCGUUAUCGAGGCCAAGUUGCUGGCAGCGAUUUCGUCCGUUCACCGGAAAGAGGUUGGCAUUCCCGAAGUCGGUUGUCGCCAUUGGGGCGACGGUCGCAGGAUGCAAAAUCUAGAGAUCAAGUUCUAAAGAAAUAAUCUAGUUUUAU